AUGGUGGUCUUGGUCUCUCGCAAUAGCCGCGCAAUAUUCGCUCUAUGCUCCCUCAUUACUGCUCAGCGCGGCUUUGCAGAUGCUUCGGUGACAACGCAGACCGACAUUGGUGCUUGUCUGAAGAAAGCUGGUAUCGAACACUCGGUUCCCACCACCUCAACGUGGGCGAUUGACACUGAGGCGUGGAAUUCACGUGUGAGCCCCAACCCUUCAUCCGUCGUAUUCCCCCAGACAGAGGAAGAAGUCUCUGCUGCUUUGAAGUGCGCUGCUAGCUGCGGCGUCAAAGUGACCACGCUUGGUGGCAACCGUUCAUUCUCGAGUAUGGGCUUCGGUCGCAACGACGGUGCUUUGGUGAUUAAUCUCAAGUAUAUGUCGCAUCUCAAGUACGACAAGUCGACCAAACUGCUUUCAUUUGGUGGUCCCGUCACGAUAUCUGAAGCAGCCAAGUAUUUGUUAACGUACAAGCGCACGCUUCCCCACGGUCGUUGCGGGGAUGUCGGCAUGACUGGUGUGUCCGCCUCCGGCUUCGGCACCCUUUCGCGUGCUUACGGUACUGCGCUAGACAACUUGGUAUUUGCGCGUGUGGCGAUUGCCAACGGUUCCAUAGUGGAUGCUAGUUUCAGACAAAACUCGGACUUGUUUUGGGCUGUACGUGGUGCCGCCAGUUCCAUGGGUGUCGUACUGGAUUUUAAGACUAAAACCUAUCCAUUUCCUUCUCAGUAUGUGACCAAUUACACCAUCGCUUUUGGCGAAAGCAUUAAUACAACCAUACAGGACAACGUCGAUGCUCUUAUUGGCACACAGAAUUGGGCUCUGAGCAAUGACAACAACGACUUUCUUUCGAUCCGUUUCACUUUGAAGACUAAAUCCACGCUGCAAGGCUUUUUUUACGGCUCUACUUUACAUGCCAAGAAGGUGUUAGGCUCGCUAAUGAAGAGACUUCCUACAUCGAUGGUCUUGACCACAACCGAGAACAGCUUCUGGGUGUCGGAGAGCAUCUCAACUGCUGGUAUUUUCGACGGGACGCUUACACCCCGCCGCUACUUCUUCAUUGCAUCGGUGACAAUCCCCAGACUUACCCCUCUUACCAACGCCACGGCCACAGCGCUGUUCACUAAUACCGCCUUUGCUCCCAAGCUUCCGGACGCCUCUGCCUCUGGCUUUGUAGACAUUUGGGGUGGCAAGUACGCCAGGGGAGUUCGUGCUGACGCUUCGGCUUGGAAGCAUGACGACAGCCUGCUCCUAAUUCGAUGGGACAUGCGUUCGUCGGCCUUUGACAUUCCAUUCGCGAAAAGCUCGAUAACCACGAUGCGCAACAACUUUUACAAGUUUGUGGACGCUUACAAGGCUUCAGGUGGCGUGCCCGGUGGCUUUACGACGUACCGGGACGAGAUGUGGACGGUGCCCGAGAUGGCCAAAUACUUGUACGGCGGCCCCAACUUCGGUAAGCUUCAGAAGAUCAAGACCAAAUACGACCUGCAUGAGCUCUUCAAUGCGGACCCUCAGGCGAUUGCUGCUUUGGCUUAG